GCUUUUCUAUUCAAUUGCGUUUUGGCAGUCAUAGCUAACGGUUGUGCUUAACAGCUAAAAGCGGAUAAAUAAAGAAUAACAAGAGACGUUUUUUUUUUUGGAUUAUUAUAAUAUAAUAACAUUUGUUAUUUUGAUUUUAAGUUUAAAAUAAAAAAGCUAAAGAAUAAUAAAGAACGCUAAGAGGAAAAUUAAAUAAAAAAAAGUAAAUUAAUUAUGUUAAUAUUGAGAGAAAUAAAAAUUUCAUUAUAAACAAUAAGUGUUAUCUAAAUACUACACCGUAAAUGGACUUGUACUACAAAUACUACUAUUAAAAACGAAUUUGUUUAAUAAACACAAAAAAAAGGAAAUAAAUAAUAAAUAACAAAUUCUAAAACGCAAAUAAUAAUUUGCAUAAUUUUCAAAUUCAAGUGAAAAUAAAUGUGUUGCAAUUUUUACUGAGAAUUCCUGUGAAUCAUAUAUUUUUUUUUUGCAAUAUAUUUAACAAAAAAACAAAACAAAUUAUUAAAUAUUUUUUUCUAUAAAAAAAUAACAAAAGAGCAAAGAACUUUAGAAAAUGUGACUGUGUUUUUUUUUUUUUUUUGGUGAUUAUUAAGUGAUUUGCCAUAUUUGUUAAUUUGAAAAUAUUAUAAAGUGCAAGCAGAUAAUUGUAUUAAAUAAUAACAAUAAUAAAUAUUUAACAAUUUUUGACAAAACAACCAAACAAAGAACAACAACAACAACAAUAUGCGCAACAGUUAUUAAAACCCCAAAUAAAACAAUUAUUGUCAAGAAAAAACAAAAUAGAAAUAAUAGAACAAAAAUUUAAAAAAAUAUAAAAAAAACGUUAAACAAACAAUUGAAUUUAAAAUGUCGAUUGUUUGUACUCUAGAACCCAAAGUGAAUUUAUUUAAAGGUCCUGUGGCUACAAAAAAUUUACUUGUUCUAAAAAACAACAUUAUUAACAGCAGCAGCAAUAACAACAACAACAACAACCACAAUAAUAUAAUUAAUAACAAAAUUACAACAACUUCAUCAGUUAACAACAAAUUAUUAACGGAUACAACAACUGCAACGUUACAAAAUUCAACCACAAAUAAUUGUGUCAAAGAAAAAUCUUUAAACGCUCAGUCCUCGACACAACAUACAAAAGUAACAGAUUUCAAAUCGCGUAUAUCAGUUACGGAGUUUGUUAGACGUAACACUAAUCUGGGUUCACCCCUAACUAUUAACACCAAUAGUGAUCUAAUAGAACUGCAGCAACAACAACAACACCAGCAGCAGCAGCAUCAACAACAAAUCCAACAUCACCAGCAACAACAACAACACAGAUUAAUAACGGCUGCCACCACAAAUAUGCCCGAAGUUUUACAUGCAGCAGCCGUUAAUAGUCUGAAUACAGCAAAAUAUCAUCAACACCACCAACAACAUCAAACACUAACACCAGUAACAGCAGCAGCAGCAGCCGCCGCCAUGGCCAUGAAUACAGUACGCAUGUCCACCAUAUCGCCUACCCUGUCCAUGAAUGGCAGUUCAAAUGAGGCCACCAAUAUGCACAGUCUUUCUAUGUAUAAUGGUCCUGUCAGUCCACAAUCUAGUGAUUCGGGUCAUAGCAUGUCGGAUAUGCAUAUAUCUCGGGAUGGCAAAUACGUUACCUUUAAUGGUGAACACAUGACCAAACAACAGGCCAAUGCCGCCAAAGAAUUAUUCUCACAGCGCAAACAACGAGAAUUUACACCGGAUUGCAAGAAAGAUGACAGCUAUUGGGAUCGUCGUCGUCGCAAUAAUGAAGCCGCCAAGAGAAGUCGUGAAAAGAGACGUUAUAAUGAUAUGGUUUUGGAACAACGUGUGGUGGAAUUAACAAAAGAGAAUCAUGUUCUAAAGGCUCAAUUGGAUGCCAUUAAAGAUAAAUUCAAUAUUUCCGGAGAGAAUUUAGUGAGUGUAGAGCAAAUUUUGGCUUCGCUACCCACCAGUGAGCAGGUUUUAAGCAUAACCAAGAGAGCCAAAAUGACUACCCCCUCUGCGGCUAAUACACAAAAUAAUUUCAAUAGCAAUGUUGCUAACACUAACAAUGGUUUACUCUAUAGUUCCUCCCAAACACCGGGUACAGCUCUUCUGCAACAGAAGUCCUCCAACGAGGUGUUGAGUUCAACUAAUGACAAGUUAUCUACACAAACAGUUAUUAAGCCUAAUGGUUUGCCUGCAGCAGUAGCCAACUCAACCACCACUCCCUCCUCAUCGUCGUCUGCCACAAAUUCAACUUUACACCUGGCUGCAACACAAGUUUCUAAUACCGUCCAAUCACCUCAGUCCCUAUAUGCAGCCUCGAGCACAGCCGGCGUUCAUUAUAAUCCUGCAAAUUUAAGUGAAAAUCUUACACCUGCAACACAACAUAACCAACAUCAUGUGGUUACAGCCGCCGCCUCUACCACGGUGAAUAGCCAAUCUCCCCCUAAUCUACAAAAUUUACAUGUUUUACAAGCCCUCAAUCGUCGCUGUGACUUGGAUAAUUUGCGCAAAGUGGUCGCCGUGGUAGAUGCCAUCAAUACUAAUGGCGAUUUGCAAACAUCGGUUAGUGGCCUAUAUACAAAUGCUCAAUCUGCUGCUCUUUAUGCCGGAGCUGCUCAACACAUGAAUCCUCUGUAUUCUCAGUUCAAUAAAGAGGAUCAUGGUUAUAUGUCUACUAACGAAACUUCUCCGGUUAGCAGUAAUGUGGGUGAUUCUGUCAGCUCAUCCUCGGCUCGUGCUAAUGCCAGUGUUUUGAAUCUUUCACGGCGUGCCAGCACACCCACAGCCUAUGAAAACAUGCUAUCCUCAACUACCUCCUCCUCAAGACUUUCCUCCAUGUCGUCGGCCUCCUCGUCGGGCGCCGUUUCCGGCGAUGAUGAUCACGAAGCCGACAAUGAAAUGCCAGAAGAAUCAAAUGAACACAAUCUCGCCAGUACUACCACCAGUCCCCUCAGUACCGACUCCAACAAUUGCUUGCCGCUUAAAUUAAGACACAAGUCCCAUUUGGGCGAUAAGGAUGCAGCCGCCAAUGCUUUGCUUGCCCUACAGCACAUUAAACAGGAGCCGAUUAGCAGCAGAGCCUCACCACCCGGUUGGGCUGAUAAUUCCGGCGAUAAUAGUAGUGAUGAAAGAGAUUCGGGUAUUUCUAUACCCAGUCCCGAGUGGACGGCACAAUAUCAACGUAAGGUCUUAGUGGCGGGCAAAGAUAGCUGUACAGCUUCGGCUGUGGUGACUGUAACACCGUCGGAGAGAGAUCAUAUUUUAAAAUCACAAUUGGCUAGAUUAGAAUCAGAAGUUGCUACUAUUAAGAAUAUGAUGAUUUAUUCAUCAGAUCAAAAUUUAAUACAACAAGAUCUUAAAAUAUAAAAAUACAGAGACAGAGAGAGAGAGAAAAGGAAAGGGAAUGAAAAGAGAGCGUUUAGUUGCAAUGUAAGGAGAGUAUAAUAUAAGUUUAAAAAGAUAAAAUUUUGAGAAGAUUUUAACAGAAACAAGUGUAAGCUUUGCUUUUAGAGAGAGAGAGAGAGAGAGAGAGAGUGAGACAAAUAAGUUUUGUUUGUUUUUUGAAAUGAAGAGAGUCAAAAAGCUGUCUGCCUAUGUCUAGUUUAAUUGGAUUAUUUAAAAUUUUAAAAGUUAAGAAAGUUUUGCUUUUUGUUUUGAGAAGUUUUAAACUAGAGGAGUGAAAUAAGUACUCUCUCUGCUUAGUUUUUUUGUGUUUCGAAAGUAAGAGUGUUUAAAAGCUCUAAGCCUAUAUCUGUUUUAAACUGAACGAACUAUUUAAAAUUUUAAAAGUUUACAAAAGUUUAGCUUUUUGUUUUAAGAAGUUUUAAACUACAGGAGAGAAAUAAGUGCUCUCUCUGCUUGUUUUUUGUGUUUCAAAAGCAAAAGAGUUUAAAAGCUUUAAGCCAAUCUCUGUUUUUAACAGAUCGUUAAAAACAAAAAAUUUAUAAAUUCUUAUUAUUUGGUGUGUAUUUUAUACCUGCUUAAGUUUAGAGAGGGAGAGAGCUUUUUGCCUAACUCUAGUUUAAACUGUAGCUUUGGAAAUUAAAGAACAUGAGAGAGCUUUUUGCCUAACUCUAGUUUAAACUAUAGCUUUGGAAAUUAAUGAAAAUGAGAGAGCUUUUUGCCUAACUCAAGUUUAAACGGUAGCUUUGGAUAUUAAAGAAAAUGAGAGAGCUUUUUGCCUAAUUGUGGUUUAAACUAUAGCUUUGCAAAUUAAACAAGUUUAGAGAGCGAGAGAGCUUUUUUGCCUAACUCAAGUUUAAACUGUAGCUUUGUAAAUUAAAGAAAAUGAGAGAGCUUUUUGCCUAAUUGUGGUCUAAACUAUAGCUUUGCAAAUUAAACAAGAUGAAUGCUUGCUAUUAACACUCUGUCUGAUCUGUCCAGCUUGCAUCAAGCUGAGAAAUUGUGGAGAAGAGAGCAAGAAGAGAGAGAGAGAGAGAGUAAGUUAGAGAGUGAAACUAAGUUUAAUUUUGUGUUAAAGUUUUUACAUGGCAACUAAACCUGUUUUGAGUUUCCUAAACUAUAUAUUUUUUGGAAUUUUUUUUCUUUUUCAAGGAGAGAGAGGAUAGACAAUAAUCUAAACAUGUUAUGCGUUAGAGAAAAAGAGAAAGUAGAAAAAGAAAAAAACACAUAAAUUACUAAACAAUCUCUUUAACAAAAAAAAAAAGAACUUAUAUUUAUAAAAUAAAUUUUUUUCUAUAAAAUGUAUACUUUGUUUUUACACAAUUUCAUUUUUUAAAGUUUGGCAUAACUGUUGCAAAUCAUAGGGAGUUUUGUAUAGAGACCCCAGAUCUCAAAGUUUUUACUAGAAAAAAAUAAAAGAGAAAAAGAACUUGAAAGCGGUAUUACAAAAAAAAAAACAACCUUUAAUAUUUAAUAGUUGUUGAAACAUUAAUUAA